AUUAACUCUACAAACCGAAAAUUUCCGAAAACGUACGACAGCAACACUUUUGGAAAGACUUGACAAAUAUACAAAGCUUGCUGCUAAAACAAUAAGUGUAUCAAUUAAUUCACAAGAAUAAAAGACAUAUCAUUCAACUAGAUCAACAACAGAUAUAUACCUGAAAAAAAUAAAUAAAUAAGUGAGUAAUUAUUGACCAGCGUAAUUAAUUGUUUUGAUUCGGAUAACAUUUAAAAUAAUAAUAACAAAAUGGAAGCAGGUUAUACAGUAGUAAAAAGAAAUACUAUUACCUACAAAUGGCAAAUUCAAGAAAUUAAUUCAAUUAUUGAUACUUCUAAUACUUCUGAAAUAAACAUUAUACUAAAAUCAUCCAAGUUCUCCACAAGAGCUAAAAUAAAAGAUUUUUGGAAGCUGCGGGUACGGUUUUCUGGUACAAAGUCAAAAGACAAAGAUGAUGUUGGUCUAUUCUUAACGUCAUUGAAUGGUAACCGCGAAGUGAAAACGGAAUAUUCAUUGUUUAUUUUAAAUAAUGAGAAAAAACAAGUCAAUAAAAAUAAACUAGUUAAAACUUUCGGAACUGAUAACAACUGGGGUAUUCUGCCAUUUAUAACGAAAGAAGAUUUAUUAGAAAAAGAAGAUGAAUUGUUGCCAGAUGAUAUCUUAACAAUAGGUAUAGAGCUUACGGUGUUUGAUGAUUCUGUUGUCAUUUCUACCAAUGUGCCAUUUGAUGAAUCAAAGGCUUCAAUGGCUCAUGACUAUGAAGACCUGUAUGAAAGUAAACUGGGUUCCGAUAUUGAGUUAAUUGUACAAGAAAAAAAAUUUCAGGCGCACAAAUUGGUUUUGAUGGUACGCAGUCCUGUGUUUCGAGCGAUGCUGACCACCGACAUGAAAGACAACAGAGAAAAAACGAUAACUAUAAAAGAUAUGAACUCUGAAGUAUUUAAGAAGACGCUAGAAUUCAUUUACACUGAUAAAGUCGAUGACUUAGAUAAUGUGGCGGAAGAAUUGUUUCAAGCUGCAGAUGAAUAUCAAAUUCACACGCUCAAAGAAAUAUGCACAAAAUCACUUUGUAAAUCUGUGACCAUUGACAAUGCCUCCAGAUUACUUGUAUUAGCUUACCUGCAUAAUGCAAAAGAAAUGUUGGAGUAUGUUUCAAAUUUCAUUGUAAUUAAUGCAGUCCAUGUGGUAAAAACAGAAGAGUACAAGAUGAUGAUAGAAUCGCAUCCGUCUUUGGGAUUUAUUUUAUUUGCUAAAUUUGCCGCUUCUUUUGACAAUUAAUAAUUCAUAACUUUUUUAAAUUUAUAUUUAAAAAUUCUCGCAUGAAGAUGGAAAAUUUAUGUUACAAGAACUAUUCGGUGAAGUUUAUGAAAAUCUAGAGUUGAUAAUAACAUAUAUACUCUAAUUAUUUAUAAGCUUAUUUUUAUAAUAUAUUAUUAAAUAUAUAUAUAUAUAUUAAUCGUUUACGUAUUUUUAUAAAAUUGCGUCGUACAUGACGUUGAAUAGUGUCCUGUGAGCAAAAUGCUCAUAAUCAUAACAGGAGUGCUAACUGGUUAAACCAAUGAUAAUUAAUAAUUACAAUUGAAAUACUUUUUACUAUAUUCCAAUGAGAAAGUUACUAGAAAUAAAAAUCUGUCUAUCGGUUAACCCUGCGGGCCAGCCCAAAAACUUCCCGCUGUUUUCGAGCUCGAGGAGCUCAAAAGCAUUGUUGUGAAUACAUUUUCGAGCUGACAAGUUAAGGUGGCAAUCGACUAGUUUUAUUAAGUUCUAGAGCUGAUUAGA